UGCCCCGCGCGGCGAGGACUCGGGCCGCUGCCGCCAUCCCGCUGGCGAGAGGGAGAGAGAGAGGCCCGCCCGCUCACCGGCCGGGCCAGUGUGGGCCAGUGCGUGAGGGCGCUGGGGGCCGUGUCAGCGAGACCCAGAGCGCAGCCGCCACCACCAAACGGACAUGUUGGAGUCCAGCGCCGCCGCCGCCUCUUUUUCCUCAUCCUCCGAACGGGACUGAAAGGGGGCCCGCCACCCCUCCGCCUCUGCCCCUGCCUCAGCCGCCCGCCUCGCCGCCUCGUCUCAGCCCCUUUCUGCCCGACCUCUAGCUUCGCCGCUCGUCGCCUGCCUCAGCCCCGGCCGGUUUCCCGGCCCCGCUCAGCCGCGGCGCGAGGUCUAUGUGACCGGCGGGCCCGGAGCAGCCGCCGCCGCAACGCGAACAUGGACGCCGUCAACGCCUUCAACCAGGAGCUCUUUUCACUUAUGGAUAUGAAGCCUCCCAUCUCUCGAGCCAAGAUGAUUCUCAUCACAAAAGCUGCUAUUAAAGCCAUUAAGCUUUAUAAGCAUGUAGUUCAAAUAGUAGAAAAGUUCAUCAAAAAGUGUAAACCAGAAUAUAAGGUUCCGGGAUUAUAUGUAAUCGACUCAAUAGUGCGACAGUCUCGUCAUCAGUUUGGAACUGAUAAAGAUGUUUUUGGGCCAAGAUUCUCUAAAAACAUAACCGCCACAUUCCAGUAUUUGUAUCUUUGUCCAUCUGAAGAUAAGAGUAAAAUAGUUCGUGUGCUGAACCUUUGGCAAAAAAAUGGAGUAUUCAAAAUUGAAAUUAUUCAACCUCUUUUGGACAUGGCAGCAGGAACCAGUAAUGCUGCCCCAGUAGCAGAAAAUGUUACUAAUAAUGAAGGUUCACCUCCACCUCCAGUUAAAGUUUCUUCUGAACCGCCCCCACAAGCCACUACAAAUUCUGUACCAACUGUACCACAGUUGCCCAGCUCUGAUGCUUUUGCUGCUGUGGCCCAGCUGUUUCAGUCAACUCAAGGUCAACAGCUUCAGCAGAUCCUGCAGACUUUUCAACAGCCUCCAAAACCACAGUCUCCUGCUGUAGAUAAUGCUGUGAUGGCUCAGGUUCAGGCUAUCACCGCGCAGUUAAAGGCAGCUCCGACACAACCACCUGAACAAAAAACUACAUUUGACAAGAAGCUACUUGACAGAUUUGAUUAUGACGAUGAGCCAGAAGCUGUGGAAGAAUCCAAGAAAGAAGAUGCCGCUGCCACCACAGCUGCCACUGCUGUUGCUGCUCCUGUGCCCGCUGCGGUCGCCCCUGCCACCUCUCCUCCGCAGGCACCCUUUGGAUUUCCUGGAGAUGGCAUGCAGCAACCAGCAUAUACCCAGCAUCAAAAUAUGGAUCAGUUUCAACCUCGAAUGAUGGCCAUACAGCAGGAGCCAGUGCACCAUCAGGUUCCACUUCCUCCUAAUGGACAGAUGCCAGGAUUUGGCCUUCUUCCUACACCUCCUUUUCCUCCCAUGGCUCAGUCUGUGAUUCCUCCAACUCCAGCCGUACAGCAGCCUUUCCAAGCUGCUUUUCCGGCACAAAAUGAACCACUUACGCAGAAGGCACAUCAGGAAAUGGAAGUAGAACAACCUUGUAUUCAAGAAGUUAAGCGGCAUAUGUCUGACAACAGAAAGUCGCGAUCUAGGUCAGCAUCCAGGUCACCAAAAAGAAGGCGCUCUCGAUCUGGUUCCAGAUCUCGGAGGUCUCGUCAUCGACGUUCUAGAUCUCGGUCCAGAGAUAGACGUCGGCACUCUCCUAGAUCUCGAUCCCAAGAAAGACGGGAUCGAGAAAAAGAAAGAGAACGCCGACAAAAGGGCCUUCCUCCAAUCAAAUCAGAAACUGCGAGUGUUUGUAGUACUACACUCUGGGUGGGACAGCUGGACAAAAGGACUACUCAGCAGGAUGUUGCCGGUCUCUUAGAAGAGUUUGGUCCAAUUGAAUCAAUUAAUAUGAUUCCUCCCAGAGGUUGUGCCUAUAUUGUUAUGGUUCAUAGGCAAGAUGCUUAUCGUGCCCUGCAGAAACUGAGCCGAGGGAACUAUAAAGUGAACCAGAAAUCCAUAAAGAUUGCCUGGGCCUUAAACAAAGGAAUAAAGGCAGAUUAUAAGCAGUAUUGGGAUGUAGAACUUGGUGUUACUUAUAUUCCGUGGGACAAAGUCAAGCCUGAAGAACUGGAGAGUUUUUGUGAAGGAGGAAUGUUGGACAGUGAUACACUUAAUCCAGAGUGGAAAGGAAUUCCCAAGAAGCAUGAAAACGAAGUUGCUCAAAAUGGAGGGGCAGAAACCUCACACACAGAACCAGUAUCACCCAUACCUAAACCUUUACCUGUGCCUGUCCCUCCUAUUCCUGUUCCCGCACCUAUAACAGUACCACCUCCACAGGUCCCACCACAUCAGCCAGGGCCUCCUGUCGUCGGUGCUCUCCAGCCACCCGCCUUCACACCUCCUCUGGGAAUCCCUCCGCCGGGCUUUGGUCCUGGUGUUCCUCCCCCCCCUCCUCCUCCACCAUUUUUGCGUCCAGGAUUCAACCCAAUGCAUUUACCACCAGGUUUUCUUCCUCCUGGACCCCCACCUCCUAUCACUCCACCAGUAUCCAUUCCUCCUCCUCACACACCACCAAUAAGCAUCCCAAACUCUACUAUCGCUGGUAUAAAUGAAGACACUACAAAAGACUUAUCUAUUGGAAAUCCCAUUCCAACAGUGGUGUCUGGGGCUAGAGGAAACGCCGAGUCUGGUGACAGUGUGAAAAUGUAUGGCUCUGCUGUGCCACCUGCUGCACCCACGAAUCUGCCCACCCCUCCUGUAACCCAGCCUGUUUCACUUCUUGGUACUCAAGGAGUUGCACCUGGUCCUGUAAUUGGGCUCCAGGCACCAUCCACUGGUCUUCUUGGUGCCCGACCUGGCCUGAUCCCACUCCAGCGCCCUCCAGGAAUGCCUCCACCUCACUUACAGCGAUUUCCUCUGAUGCCACCUCGUCCCAUGCCCCCACAUAUGAUGCACAGAGGUCCACCACCAGGACCAGGGGGCUUUGGAAUGCCUCCCCCUCAUGGAAUGAAAGGUCCCUUUCCACCGCACGGCCCCUUUGUUAGGCCUGGUGGAAUGCCAGGGCUUGGGGGCCCGGGACCAGGCCCCGGGGGUCCUGAAGACAGAGAUGGAAGGCAGCAGCAACCACAGCAGCAGCCACCGCCAACCCAGCAGCCGCCGCCAACUCAGCAGCCGCCACCAACUCAGCAACAACCACAACUGUUUAGAAAUGAUAACAGGCAGCAGUUCAAUUCAGGUCGAGACCAAGAAAGGUUCGGAAGAAGAUCUUUUGGAAAUCGGGUGGAAAAUGACCGGGAACGGUAUGGAAACCGAAAUGAUGAUAGAGAUAAUAGUAACCGUGAAAGGAGAGAGUGGGGAAGGAGGAGUCCUGACCGGGACAGACACAGAGACUUGGAAGAGAGAAAUAGACGUUCUGGGGGGCACCGAGACAGAGAGAGAGAUUCUAGAGAUAGAGAGCCUCGUAGAGAGAAGGAAGAAAACCGAGGAAAGGAAAAGCCUGAGGUGACAGACAGGGCAGGUGGUAACAAGACCCUCGAAUCUUCCAUUAGCCAAGUGGGAAAUGUAGACACUGUUUCAGAACUUGAUAAGGGGGAGUCUGAGUCUGCAGCCGUAAAACCUUCUGAAGAGUUGCCUGCUGAGGCUACCUCAUCCGUUGAACCCGAAAAGGAUUCUGGCUCAGCAGCAGAGGCUCCUCGUUAGAGACUGGAAUUUAUUAAAAUGUGACAGUGACACUUCCUGGAGUGUAGCGCUGGAGGUGUACAGAUGCUGUAUUAUACUUGCUCCUGCUAUAUCAGCCCCGCGGUAGUUUGUGGGGAACUGUAAGCAAUUUGAUUGCUUCCCUUCUAUUUAAAAAUAGCCACAAAAUAACAAAAAAUACUGAAAAUAUGAAUAAAUAUUACCCUUUUUGCUGUAACUUUUUAAAAGUUUUGACUUUAAAAAGUUUACAAAUCGUAAUUAGAAGUGCUCUCUAUUUUUUUUUUUUUAAUUUAAGACAAGGUAACGGUGAAAGCUCCUCAAAACAAUAGGGAUGUUUUUAAUAAACUCUAUUUUCGUAACAAACUUUAAUGUGUGCUAUUCUUCGUACACUGCAUUAAGGUGGAAAAAGAUUGUUCACCAUCAAAGUUUGAGCUGUUACUACUGUGUUGGAGUCUAAAUUAGACUUAUUUGGUGGAAAUAGACUUCUUUAUGUAGUUUGGAAACACUUUCAUUUGUAAUGAAAUGAACUUUUUGAUUUUUAGCGUUUCAAUCAUAAGGUAAAAGUGGUUUUAAUGUUAGCUUUGCAAUUCGAUCAAGUUUUUUUAGCCAUUGGCUUUGUGGUAAUUGUUGCCCUAAUUAAUUUGUAAAGAGAAAUUUUGCUGGGGGAAAAAUUGGAUCCCAGCAUUACCCAUUGUACUAUAAAUUACCUGAUUGCCUGGGUAUUACUUAGAAGGUUGGGUGUUUUUCUUACCAUCCUAUUAAAUUUUUCAAAAGGGUGAGGGAAAUCAAGAUUAACAUUUACAACAUAAAAGCUUUUUGUCUUAUUUUAUAUGUUUAAGGACUUAAAUGCAACCUAUUGUUACUUAUAAGCCUUGCCUGUUGCCUUUCUUGACUACUUUUUUAAACUCCCCUGCUGGGCAGAAGUAGACUGGACUUUUUGCCACCUAUGAAGUGCUUCAUCUCUUUGCUUAAAAUUAACUAGGAAAAAUAGUUGUAGGUUAUCCAAGGACCUUUACAUGAAGAUAUCGAAAGUCAAGUGAAGCCUAGGUGUGGUACAGAAGAGCAGUUCUGUCAAACUGCUCACCCAGGGCAGAGGAAAGACCGCCAGGUACAAGAUUCCAGUAUUCAUGGCCUUGUUGAAACGUUUUUCUUAAGUUACAUUUUUCAGCUGUCCUACUUUCAGUGUGCUGAGCAGUUAACAUUUUCUUUGCCCUCAUCCUUGGGCGAAGCUGCUUUAUUCGGUUUUCAGAUAUUAAGAGUACUCUGUGGCAAGAUCGUCAAUGGGGAGACUGUAUCUAGGGCAAUGUUCUUGUGUUCCUGCCUUUAGAAAAUGAGAGAGAAUCCCGUUUCCUAUCUGCAGACGUGAAGGACAAAAUGUGUCCGUAGUUUUGUCGGCCCACCGAAAAGAUUAAAAGUCCUAACAAACUGCUUUUGGAAAGAAGGAAACAUCUGAUUACUUAGUGUUCAGAUUUCAAGGAUUUGCAGCCUGUAUUUCCAGUUGAAAGUAUUAAGACCACCUUUUUGCACGUGACAAAACCCCCGAAGUACUAAAAGGUGUAGCAGUUCCACUUGCCUUAAAGGUCCCAAGGGAGUCCCUGUUUUGAGUUUUAUCCCAUAUAUGUAAGAUUCUCUAUUAGUGAAGUCUUAUUAAAUACUGUUUGUUUUUCUCUACUUGACAGCGGUUUGAACCACUUACUGUGAGCAUACUGUUUUCUCACCUUGAACUUUGAAACCACAAUUUGUCCUCCAAAUUAGUUUCUCCUCUCCUAAACGAUGUACAUUUGAUAAAGUACGUCAUACUUAUGGUCAGUCAGAACUGCAGCUUAUUUCUGGUUUUGCUACCAGAAAUAUUUUACAAUUUUCAAUUAAUAGAAACCUGUAAUCCACAGUCAACCCUGAGUUAGAUUAACAUUUUAUUUAAAAGCAUUUUUGAAUAGGUACUUAAGUACUUACAUUAAGAGAAACAGACUUGAAUUCAUUAAUUGGAUGGGUCAAUUCUUACAACAGCCAGUACCCACAAACAUUUCGUUGGUUCUAGCUUACAGUGCUAUCUACUGUAUUUCUUUAAAGGGCUUAUUCUGGAAGUAGAUUGUGCCAACUUCUACUUUUACUAUAAACUAAACGUUCACAGGUCUACAAAAGUGGAAUAUGUGCCAUUUUGAGAGGUGGGGAAAUUAUUCUCAGCUAACAGACUACACAUAACUGCCCAUUCACAAUUUCACUAAAAGUUAUCAAAGGGUUCUUGAUUUAAAUCAUAACAUCUACAUUUUAAAAGAAACCUAUGUACUUUUUGAAUCAAAUGCUAAGUGGCUAAAGUAGGGAAACCACCUUAAUUUCCCUAAAGCUGACAAAGGAUAGCCUCUGUCCAAGAUUAAAGUUCAAGUUAUUCUUAGCUAAAAGACCAGCUGCUGAAAAUUUAAACAUUUUGAUUAUCUCAUAUAAAACUUCUAAAAGAGAAUGCUAAGAAAUAAUUAAUGCCUGUCAACCUAUUACUAAAUCUGUUCCAUUCAAACUAUAUGUAUGAGUAUCAGCUAAUUUAGAUUCUAAUUUGGAUACCUUACUAGGCUCAAAAUACAGUGCCAUCUCGGGUAUUUGUUUAUUGCAGGUUUGAAUGAGAACUGAACAAAUGUAGACAAUUAAGUUUAAUACCUGUAUGAGAUUAAGUCUGGCAAAAUACAAAGGUCAUUGAAACACAUUUUAAUUGAAUAUGAGUUUUAUAAAGUACAAAUCUUCCAACUGAUCGUAAAUCAGUUCUCAUUGUAGGUACUUAAAACAAUUUAAAAAAAGACACAAAUUACACUUUUAAGGUUACAGUGUUUAAUGUUUAUCAGGUUAAACUUCUACAACUAGCAAGGUAACAGAGGAGUUACUAGGACUCAGACCUCGUCCUAGGGAAUGUUUAUUGGGCGAUCCCAAUUACACCACAAGCCAAACGACUUCCAGCAUUUCCCGUCUUUUUACUU